AGUUUGAUUCUGAUCAUUUGCGAGAAUGGUUCGUGCGUGAUUUUGUGAGUUGUGCUGAUGAGAUAAAGUUUAUGUGAGAACUCAAUUAUGCACAAUGUCAGUGAUUCGAGGACUUUUGGUGAUUUUUCUGGCGCACUCCCUGGCGCCGAGAUACUCGUAUUGCGUUCUCGAGAGUAGUGUCCUCCUGGCACAGGAUCAAAUGGUGGACUUAACCAAUCAAUUGGGCUUCCGUAUACUCUACUACCAUUCCCUGGCCAAUAGGAAUAACGUGGCGCUUUCUCCGUGUGGCCUCGCAAGUGUUCUCAUAGCACUAUUCGAGGGCUCCGAUGGGCAUAGUGCUCUCGAAAUUCGUGACACACUGGAAUUGCCCUGGGAGAGGGAUAUUAUUCGUGUGGGAUUUCGGGAUAUUCAUCGACGAUUGCGGAGCUAUUUCUACAAUCAAGAGAAUCUUCUGAGUGGAUUGAGUCUCAGCAAAGAGAAUGUAACAAUUCGUCCUGAAUAUGAGACUCUACUGAGAUUCUAUGGGUAUGAUCUCAUGUCAGGUGGAAUGAUGCAUACAACAACCACGGAAGCAACCACUGAGGAAACAUCAGUAGCAGACACAAUGGCUACAACACCAAUUGCAACCACCACCACAACAACGGAAGCAUCAACAGAAGCAACGACUGCUGAAGUGACCACCAUUGAAACAUCAACUGCCCAGGAGAUUUCUGAAACGAGCACACUUGCAACUACGGAAGCACUUGAGACAACACCCACAACGGAAAAGACAACGACUGAGGAGCUGGAGAGCACAGAAACCACCACAAUUGGAAUUACGAGAACUACAAAGUACAUCUUCACGUUCACACCACCCACAAGUGUUGUGGAUGAGGAGGAGACAACGUCUGAAAUCUCAACAAUUUCAACAACAUCAGAAAUGUCCACAUCUACCGAAGGAAGGGACACGGAGGAAACUACAACAACUGGAGGGAAUCUUGUUCAGGAAACAACAACAGAUAUUGCUCUGGGACGACGAAGACGUCGAAAGCCCAAAAGGCAGUCACGUUUGAUUAAUUUCAUUCGACGCAGACGAUCACCGAUUGAAUUUGUAAUCCCUGAAAUUGAUACACCUCCCCCGUUCCUCCACUACAACGCCAUCGCAACACCCAAUCCUCAAUAUGAGAUUCACCCGUAUCAACUAACAGAGGAUUCUCGGGAAGAAGUUGAUCUGUUCUACCUUAAUCGCUUCGAAAGUGCUCAAGUUCCCUACAAAUUCUUCAAUACAAUCAUGAAAUUUGCCUAUCUCGACUCCAUUCAGUCAUCUGUGUUGGAAGUAGAAUUGGAUUCUGAUAACUACAAUCUCCUCCUCAUCCUCCCAGACUACUACUAUGGGCUCGAUCGUGUUCUGGCUGCCAUGAAGACACGCUUUGUGCCCAACAUACGGGAGCUCCGUACUGAAAUCCUCCAGCCAACAUGGAUCAAAGCAAUGAUUCCCAAAUUCUUCCUUCACGGUCGCAUUGUGCUCACCAAUGAUUUGCAAAAUAUGGGUAUUCUGGACAUAUUUGAACCAACGCGUGCCAAUUUCUCUCCCAUGAGCGAUGAUGAGGGGAUCUACACGAGGCACGUCGAACAGGCGAUAACUGUUAACAUAAGAAUUCAUGCGAAUGAUAAUUUGAAAAGAUAUUCUUCGUACUACAAAACACCCGUUGAAUUGGCUAUAAAUCGUCCUUUUCUUUUUGUUGUGGCUGACAAGGAGAAUCAUCUUGCAAUUAUUGUUGGGACCGUUCUAAAUCCUCUCAAUUCUAGAAUUCAAUAAAAUAAUUAGAACAAA